AUGGUCAAUCUAUUUCAGGCAUUCCUUCAGCUGCUGAUUUCCAGCAUUGCCCUAGCAUCAGCCAAGGACCUCCGUAUCAUGCCCCUCGGGGCCUCGAUCACCUUUGGUGUUGGCUCGAGCCAGGGCAAUGGCUACCGCGAGUUCCUCCGCGAAUCGCUGCAGGGCGCCGGAUACAAGGUCACCUACGUCGGAAGCCAGCAUAACGGCCCCAUGACCAACAACGACAAUGAGGGUUUCCCAGGUCUCCGUAUAAGCCAGGUCCUUAACGACCACGCCAAGACAGACGUUCCCACGUACAAGCCCAACGUCUACACCAUCAACCUAGGUACCAACGAUGCCGUUCAAAACUUCAAUAUUGACGAGGCCGGGAAGCGCAUGGACGAGCUCAUCGACUUCCUCUGGACGGCCACCCCUGACGCCAUUGUCGUUCUCUCCACCCUCGUCCGAAACAAGGACGCCAAUACCGAUGCCCGCGUCGUGAAGAUCAACAAGCAGUUCGAGGAUCUCGUCAACAGGCGCAAGAGCAACGGCAACAACAAGAUCGCACUGGCCGACAUGCAUGGCUCCGAUGGUCCUCAGGAUGCCGAUAUCAACUCGGACGGAACACACCCCAAUGACACUGGCUUCAAGAAGAUGUCUAACAUUUGGUUUGACGCCAUCAAGAAUGUGUCUGGGUCCGCCAAGAAGAGCAAGGCUUGCAAUAAGAAGCGAACCGAGGUGUAA